GCGGCUAUUUGGAUGGCGAAGCGGAGACCCACAGCUGGGGUUGAGCUCCGAGAUGGAUCGCUAUCUGCUGCUGGUGGUCUGGGGGGAAGGGAAAUCCCCGUCGGCGGCCAGCGGGGAGGCGGAACGUGGGCCAGCGGUGUCAUCCGAGGAGAGAAGCGGCGAGAAGCAGCCUGACUUCACUGCAGCGAAUGUUUAUCAUCUCCUGAAAAGAAGCAUCAGUGCUGCAGUGAACCCAGAAGAUAGUACUUUCCCUGCCUGUACAGUUGGCAGUGUACCUGGUUCCAGGAAGUGGUUCUUUGCAGUGCAGGCGAUAUGUGGAUUUUAUCAGUUUUGCAGUUCUGACUGGCAAGAGAUAAAUUUUAAUACGGAGAAAGAUGAGAUUGAAGAUAUUCUUCAAGCAAAUAUCGAAGAAUGUUUGAAUGCUGUUGAGUGUUUUGAAGAAGAAGAUAGUAAUAGCAGGGAAUCCUUAUCCUUGGCUGAUCUGUUUGAAGAAUCUGCUGAAAAUUUGCAUCAGUUAUCAGACAAGCUUCCUGCUCCUGGUAGAGCAAUAAUAGAUAUAAUACUAUUGCCUUCUGACAAAGACCCUCCUAAAGUGAAAGACUGUUUACCUACUGUAGGGGCAUUAAAACAUUUGAGGGAGUGGCAUUCAGCAAAGAUAACUAUAGCAGGAAAUCACUGUGAAAUAAACUGUCAGAAAAUUGCAGAGUACCUUUCUGCUAAUAUUGUGUCUUUAGAAGAUCUCAGAAAUGCUAUUGACCCAAAGGAAUUGUGGAGGGGAAAGAUUCAGAUAUGGGAAAGAAAGUUUGGAUUUGAAAUUAGUUUUCCUGAAUUUUGUUUGAAGGGAGUUACACCGAAGAACUUUAGUGCAUAUAAUUUAAAUACUUUCCUUUUUGCCAAAAAGAUGACAUCAAGGGACAAAAAUAUUUUGCCAAAGGUUUUCCAUUAUUAUGGCCCUGCUUUAGAAUUUGUACAGAUGAUAAAAUUAUCGGAUCUACCUUCCUGCUAUUUAUCAGACAUUGAAUUUGAGUUAGGAUUGACAGAAAACAGUACCAGACAGAAUUCUAUGUUGCUGUUGGAGCAGAUUUCUUCUCUGUGUGGCAAGGUGGGUGCUCUGUUUAUAUUGCCAUGUACUGUUAGUAACAUACUUAUUCCACCUCCCAACCAACUCAGUUCAAGGAAGUGGAAAGAAUACGUAGCUAAAAAACCCAAGACCAUCAGUGUUCCAGAUGUUGAAGUGAAAGGGGAGUUUUCUAGCUAUUAUCUCUUGGUACAAGGUAAUGGCAAUAGAAGAUGUAAAGCCACAUUGAUUCACUCAGCCAACCAGAUCAGUGGCUCAUUUACACUCAGCUUAAUUCAUGGGAAGAUGCAGACUGAGACAGAAGAAGCCAAACUGAACUUUCCUUUUGAUUUAUUACCACUUCCACAUUUUUCUGGGGAGCAGAUUGUACUGAGAGAGAAGCAGUUAGCUAAUGUUCAAGUUUUGGCUUUGAAAGAAUGCCUGAAAAGAAGAAAGUUGGCAAAGCAGCCCGAAGCAGUUUCUGUUGAUGAACUCAAAAGUCUGUUAAUGCUCACGAGGGAACGCUUUUUAGAUCAUUUUGAUGCUGUUAUUCCUAAAGCAGUUUUAGGACAGACAGGCAAAAUUAAAACCUCCAGUAUGUUAAAUGAUGCCAGUCCAGUAGAACCUGAUGCUUCAAGUCUUAUUGAAACCAAUCCUCUGGAAUGGCCAGAGAGACAUGUUCUUCAAAAUUUGGAAACUUUAGAAAAAGCUAAACAAAAAAUGAGAACUAGUUCAUUGCCCCGUUCGGCUGAACAGUUGCUAGGUCACAAAGAGGGUCCACGAGAUUCAAGCACAUUGUUGGAUGCUAAAGAAUUGCUGAAACACUUUACUUCUGAUGGUUUGCCAGUGGGAGAUCUUCAACCUUUACAGAUUCAAAAAGGGGAGAAGACUUUUGUUUUGACACCAGAGCUUAGUCCUCGGACUCUUCGGAUCUUACCUUUUGAAAAAGCUUCAGUAUGUCAUUAUCAUGGAAUUGAGUAUUGCUUGGAUGACCGAAAAGCUUUAGAAAGAGAUGGGGAAUUUUCCGAACUUCAAUCUCGUCUCAUUCGUUAUGAGACGCAAACUACCUGCACCCGAGAAAACUUUCCAGUACCUGCUGUGUUGAGCCCUCUUCCAUCUCCUGCUGUUUUGUCAGAGUCUGGAAGCGUCCCUGAUGGAGAAGCUUUGCAAAAUGAGCUCCGAAGCGAAGCAUCCCGACUGAAGCGGAGAGCCAAGGAUCUGAAUUGCCUUCAGCCCCCCAAAAGACUCAUGAAAUGUGAAAGUUCAGAUUCGCUUCUGUCUCAGACAAGUAACAGUAGUAAUCGUCGUCAUCAUCAUAUGGUGAAAUCUGGAAAGCCAUGGGCUGAGCGUUCCUUGUCAGUGACUUAUCCAUUGGUUCCAGUUUCUAACUGUGAAGUUCCAAAAGUCACUGUGAAGGCCAGUUCAGGUCAAAAAAGUAUGCGUGAAUCAAAACCAUCUAGACAAAUUAAGGAAUCCAGAUCACAGAAGCAUACACGGAUACUGAAGGAAGUGGUUACUGAAACCCUGCGGAAGCACAGUAUAACUGAGGCUCAUGAAUGUUUCACUGCAUGCAGCCAGCGUCUUUUUGAAAUCUCUAAAUUCUACCUAAAGGAUCUUAAAACUUCAAGGGGUUUAUUUGAAGAAAUGAAGAAAACAGCAAACAAUAAUGCUGUACAGGUGAUUGAAUGGGUAUUAGAAAAGACAAGCAAGAAAUGAUACAGCAGCAUUCUCUUCAGAACAACUAUAAAUUCGGUGGAGCUAUUUACUGCUUCAUUCCU